CUGAUGAUGCAAGAGAGCAUUGACAGUUCGCGUUUGCUUCCCAAACAUGACCCUUUGGAACUUUGGAUUGGAUUAUUCGGCUGAUUAGCACGAUUCACUGCACUGCUUGCCGACCGAGUCGCAAGAAGGCUCUUAUCUCGAGUUCAUCCCCAAUCCUCAAAUUGGAGUACUGGUGCAGGCCCGAGGUCUCGAGGUCCCGAGGCUAACUCCGAUUUGACAUAGUUCCAACAUGAUCCGUGCUCUGUCGAAAAUCACUCGGUCCGUGGCCAUGACCGUGACUUCCAUCAUGUUAUUCUUGCCCCAGGCUUUUCUACGUCAUCUCCGAUGGCUUCAACUCACAUUAUUUGCUCAGAACUUGGAUGGUCAGGUGGUCCUCAUCACGGGUGCUUCCCAAGGGAUCGGUCGAGCACUGGCUCAUGAACUGUACGGAGCCGGAUGUCGAUUGAUCCUGGCCUCGAGGAAUGUGGAAGCCUUGGAGGAACUCAAACAAGAGCUCUUGCAAUCCUCAGAUAAGAGUCCCAUCCGGAUCCCCUGUGCGGUGCAGUUGGAUUUGGCCGAUCACGGAUCUUUCAAGGAGAAAGUGGAGGAGAUUGAGGGCAUCAGUGGCCCCAUCGACAUCCUCAUUAACAAUGCGGGCAUGUCGAGUCGGAGCAGUGUCAUUGAUAUGUCGAUCCACACCUUGAAGGCAGUCAUGGAUGUCAACUUUAUCGGGACCGUCGAACUUACCCGCGAGUUUUUGCCGCAUUUCCUGAAGCGGAAAAAAGGUCACAUCGUGAAUAUCACCAGUAUCCAGAGUUAUUUGGCGGUCCCGCAUCGUUGCGCCUACAGUGCCUCGAAACACGCCCUGUUGGCCUUCACGGAUACCUUGCGAGCUGAGGUGGCGCAGACAGGCAUUUCUGUCAGUUCGAUUAGCCCGGGUUAUGUGAAUACCAAUAUCGCGAAGAACUCGUUGAAUGGCGAUGGGACCAAUUACGGGAGAUUCGAUAAGGCCAACUUGGACGGUUAUUCCGCUGAAGAGAUGGCCGCUCUCAUCAAAAGUUCCAUUCAGCUCCGAGAAAAUGAGGUUUUGAUCGCUCCUCCAAUCCACCGAUUCGCCACGUUUCUUCGCUUUGUUUGCCCGUCUCUGUUCGCUUUGAUCAUGGCCAGAAGAGCCAUAACGACGGACCCAAAACUGACUAACGCUUCAACCAAGCAGGAUUGAGAAGAGUUCCUCCUUUUACCUUGCUCGCUGAACAGGCAUAAAACACAGAUCAUUACUAUUUCAUACAUCGCAGUUGUGGCAUCUUAAGUGUAGUAAAUGUCAGGAAAGUAA